AUGGCAACGGUGACGAGUAGAUCGACGAUUUCCAAAUCGAUGGUGAAAGCAAAAGAAAAGGCAACAGCUUUAGCUUUAGCUUUAGCUUUAGCUUUAGCUUUAGCUUUAGCUUUAGCUUUAGCUUUAGCUUUAGCUUUAUCUUUAGCUUUAGCUUUAGCUUUAGCUUUAGCUUUAGCUUUAGCUUUAGCUUUAGCUUUAGCUUUAGCUUUAGCUUUAGCUUUAGCUUUAGCUUUAGCUUUAGCUUUAGCCUUAGCCUUAGCCUUAGCCUUAGCUUUAGCUUUAGCUUUAGACGCUACAUCGAUAACGACGGCGACAGCAUGCGACAGCGACAUCGACAGCGACAGCGACAGCGACGCGACGGAGACACCGACAGCGAUAGCGACGGGCGACAGCAACAGCGACGCUACAGCGACAGCGACAUCGACAGCGACGCGACAUCGACACCAUCCUGAAAGCGACGCCAACAGUAACGGCGACAGAGAAAUCAACAGCGACACCGAGAGCGACAGCGACAUUGACAGCGAUAGCGACUGCAAUAAUGACGCGACAGCGACGCAACAGAGACGCUACAGCGAUAGCGACGGCGACGCGAAGGCGACAGCAACAGCGACAUGGACAGCGAUAGCGACGGCGAUGCGACAGCGACGGCGACAGAAACAGCGACGCGAAAGAGACACCGACGCGACCGCGACAUCGACAGCGAUAGCGACGCGACAUCGACACGACAGCGACGCGACAGAGACAUCGACAACGUCAGCGACAGCGACGCAACAGCGACAUCGACAGCGACGCGACGGAGACAUCGACAGAGAUAGCGACAGCGACAUCGACAGCGGCAGAGACAAAGACAUCGAAAGCGACAGCGACGCAACAGACAUCGACAGCCACAGCGACAGCGACAGAGAAAUCAACAGCGACACCGAGAGCGACAGCGACAUUGACAGCGAUAGCGACGGCGACAGCAACAACGACGCGACAACGACGCAACAGAGACGCUACGGCGAUAGCGACGGCGACGCGAAGGCGACAGCAACAGCGACAUGGACAGCGAUAGCGACGCGACGCUACAGCGACAGCUACAGCGACAGCGACGCGACAAAGACAUCGACAACGUCAGCGACGCAACAGCGACAACGACAGCGACGCGACGGAGACAUCGACAGAGAUAGCGACAGUGAUAGCGACAGCGACAUCGACAGCGGCAGAGACAAAGACAUCGAAAGCGACAGCGACGCAACAGACAUCGACAGCCACAGCGACAGAGAAAUCAACAGCGACACCGAGAGCGACAGCGACAUUGACAGCGAUAGCGACGGCAACCACGACGCGACAGCGACGCAACAGAGACGCUACAGCGAUAGCGACGGCGACAGCAACAGCGACGCGACAGCGAUAGCGACGGCGAUGCGACAGCGACGCGACAGACAUCGACGCAACCGCGACAUCGACAGCGAUAGCGACGCGAAAUCGACACGACGCGGCAGCGACAUCGACAGCGAUAGCGACGGGGACGCGACGGCGACAGCAACAGCGACAGCGACGGCGACAGCGACCGCGACAAAAGCAAAGACAACAAAAAAAGUAGACAAACUGGACAGCAACUACGUCAGCUUUAAGCAAAUUUGCAUUCAAACAGCGCACAAUUUAUGCACACCUUCUGCAGAGAGCAAAACUACCUUCAGCAGCGGUACCGAUUUCGAAAACGGCGGAGAUGACGGUGCUGAAAGCGACAGCAACAGUAACGGCGACGGAAGUAUCGCCAGCGCCUACAAUGUACGCAACAACAAAAGCAAUGAUAGAGACGGCAAUGCGAAAGGAGAAUAA